AUGACGAAGAAGGCCCUCAUCACAGGCGCAACUGGUUUACUCGGCAGACAAGUCCUCAAAGUAUUUGAUCGGGAAAAUUGGAAUGUAGUUGGCACUGGUUUCUCACGCGCAAAGCCUCCUACCAUUCUCAAGGCAGAUUUGGCUUCUGAAUCGGAAGUUUCAAAGGUGUUGGAUGAAUCCAAACCCCAAGUCGUAAUUCAUUGUGCAGCGAAUAGAUUUCCCGAUAAAUGCGACAACGACCCUGAAGGGACACGUGCUCUCAAUAUUGCCGCCUCUGCCUCGUUAGCAAAACUGUGUGCCGCACAAUCAAUUCUUCUCAUCUAUAUAUCCACCGAUUACGUUUUCCCUGGCACCGAAGGCGAUGCACCUUACGAGACAAGUCAUAGCCCAAAGCCCCCCAAUCUAUAUGGAGAAACAAAAUAUGAGGGUGAGAAAGCUGUAUUGGCAGAAUAUGAGAAAGCAGGCAAAUCUGGUUUGGGAGUAGUAUUGAGAGUUCCGGUUCUCUACGGCGAAGGCGAACCUGAAGAAAGUGCAAUUGGUGUACUGAUUAACUCAGUCUGGAAAGCACAAGAAAAAGAUGCCAAUGUCAAGAUGGAUCAUUGGGCCAUUCGUUAUCCUACCAAUACGGAAGAUAUAGGUCGAGUUCUGUCAGAUAUUGCGAUUAAAUAUCUCGAAAGUAAAGAGCCAUCUUCUUUACCACGAAUUUUGCAAUUUUCCUCCGAGGACAAAUACACAAAAUAUGAGAUCUGCCAACUCUUUGCGGAGAUUUUGGGAUUGCCUUUGGAUGGUAUGGUAGCAAAUACGGAAGGAAAUGAUCCAAAUGCUAGUGUUCAGAGACCUUAUGAUUGUCAUUUGUCUACCAAGGCAUUGAAGGAUUUAGAGAUCAAUGUUGCUACGAUGGAUUUUACUGGAUUUUGGAGGAGGGAGAUGAGGGCAUUUAGGAAGUAA